AUGGCAGGAGUAUUCACUGUGCUUCCAAGUUCAGUAUUUGAUUAUAACUUGACGACAGUAAAUGAUCAACGAAUAGCACAGAACUUACAAGGAGGCGUCAUCGAGCUAACAGCUGGCAAGAUGUUAGGGGGUAGCAGUGCUCUGGACCACAUGAUACACGUACAUGGGGAUCCACCUGACUAUGAUAACUGGGCGACCAUUUUAGGCGAUGAUUCAUGGAGUUAUAAGAAUAUUCAACAAUAUUUGAAGCAACAGGAAAAAUUGACGGACCCUGAAUUACUUACUUCAGAAUUCGCUAGUCUUCACGGUACAGACGGUCCUAUUCGUAUUCGCAAACAAAGCAGUUCAGCCAAUGAUAAUUUACUAGCCGCUUUCAAAGAGUUAGGUCACAAUGUUGUCGAUGAUACAACAUCUACUACUUCAAGUCUCGGCGCCACUGAGCCACUGCUUGAAAUUGACGACCAGGUACAACAAAGUAACGCUGAGACAUAUCUCGGGGAAGCCAAGUCACGUAGCAACCUCUGUGUGGCAUUGCACAUUACCGUCACUAAGAUUCUGAUCGAAAACAAUGUAGCAGUUGGCGUAGAGGUUGUUGAUUCCAAUGGUGAUCAUUCCAAAUUAUAUGCUAAGAAGGAGGUGCUAGUGUCUGCUGGUGGACUCAACAGCCCAAAGAUUUUAAGGUUGUCAGGUAUUGGACCACGUUUACAUCUCGAGUCUUUAGUCAUUGACGUGAUAGCCGACUUACCUGUAGGUGAGAACUUCCAAGAUCAUCCAUCCGCCGUGCUCUUCUACCAGCUGGAACAGGAUACCUCCGCCACGCCAAAGGCAAAUCCUUAUAAAUUUCCGGUCCCCACUACUUGCCUCUACGCCACCCUAAACAGCGAGCAAACGUACCCAGACUACCAGUCUAUCAACCUGUUAUUCCCACAUGACUCGACCGCCACGGUGCAACUUUGCAGCAACAUCUUUAAGUACAGUGAUGACGUGUGCAAUAAAUGGUUUGCGGCCUCUGCCGGGAGGAACACUUUAUUCAGUGUUCACAAUUUGAUGAUCCCUAAGUCUCGUGGGAAACUGGAGUUAGCCAGUGCUGACUACAGGGACGACCCGCUCGUUUACACUGGCACUUACAGUGACAGCGAAGGUGCAGACCUGGCUUUGAUGACUAAGGCUCUAGCCGAUUUCAAUAAGUUGACGACUACGACAUACUUCAAAAGUGUGAAUGGGGCAUUAGUCGAUCUUGGGUUCUGCUCUGACAAGAAAACUGAGAGUGAGUUUUGGGAGUGUUAUGCCUUGUCUAUGUCUGCGACUAUGUGGCACUAUAUGGGCACGUAG